ACAAGCUCGCCUCGGCAGAGCAACGUAAACAAAAUUCAGUUCAACAUUUAUCGUGAGCAGCCUAGUACAGUAACGAUGCAUGUCCGUGCAUUUAUAAUUAUUUUUCUUCUACGCUUUGUUGAACUAAAGGUGUUAGAUUUAUCAUGCAAAGAAAUCCGUGCUUUUAUCGACGGUCAUAAUUCACGUCGCCUCAGCUUAGCCAAGGGGAGUGUUCAAAAACAACCUGCAGCAUCUGAGAUGAAGUACAUGAUUUGGGACAAGGAGUUGGCGGCAAAAGCAUCCAAAUGGGCAUCGACUAAUCAAUUAUCCCACAAUCCUGACAGAACUAUUGCGUCCGGAAGAUUCACAACGGGAGAGAACAUAUAUAUGGCGGGUUCCACUGAUCUCAAUUGGAAAAUUAAUCUUGACAACGCAUUACAAUCUUGGUUCGAUGAACACAAAGACUACACGUAUGGACCCCUAAAAAUAUCUGAUUUCAACGGUUCCAGCAAAGCUAUAGGACAUUAUACACAGAUGGCGUGGUCUGAUUCCAUAUACGUUGGAUGUGGAGUUUCCGAAAAUCUGAAAAACGGAAUGAAAGAAUAUUAUGUAGUCUGCAACUACGGUCCACCCGGAAAUUAUUUAGGUCAAACUCCAUACAAAGCGUCUGGUAGUGCAAGUGGAAAACUGAUUUGUUCUACUAAAGAUUGCAGCCGCCCAUACGGAGACAGCUGUAAAUAACAAAUAUCCAUUAAUCUUUCUUAAUUCAAAAUUAUUGUUAAAAAUUAUAAUCAUUUGUAAAUUAAUUUAUC